AUAUAGAUAAGUUCGUAUAUAAGUAUCAAUUCACGAAUGAGAGGCAUCACACAUGACUGCACGAUAAUUAAUAUCACAUACAAAAACGAUGACAGCCGAAGCUGACCAAUCGACAACAUAGAGACAGAAGCGAGGCUAGCACUCGCGACCAAUCACGCGACGCCAAGAACGCAGGAGCCAAUCAGAGCCGAGUGCCCUGGCCUAUAUAAGGAGCGGAGGGCGGGUGAGGAUUCCAGUGAGAUCCAAGACCUCAAAGCAGCAAGUGCCAUGGCGAGCUGGAUGUUGGUGGCCCUGGUGGUGUCCUGUGUGCUGGUGGGCAGCGUCACUCCUCAGAUCACGUUCUCCAGGUCCUGGGUGCCACAGGGGAAGAGGUCCUCCUCCCCUGGUGACAUCCCCGAGCCCCUGGACCCCUGCAGGGACGCCAGAGCGGCCACCCUCACAUCCCUUGCUGGUCACCUCUUGGAUAUGAUGAACGACGUGGCAGCAGCUGACCACCGCCCCUUGCCCGACGACGGCACCACAGCACUCAGGCUCAGGAACGCCAUGCUGGGCAGGCGUCGCCGCGUGGCUUAGAGGAGAACCAAAAUAAUCUUGCUUCACGCCUUUCGUAUUCAGUGAAGAGGAGACGGAUCGCUCAAAACACACGUUUGCCUGCAAGACACAGGAAGAAGGAAGACAUGAAAUGUUGAUGUCUAUAAUCAUUUAGGAAUAUAAAGAAAAAAAUGUUAAUUUAUAGAUUAACUUCGGUAUUUGAAAA